CUAUAAAAAAUAUGUGAAGAAGAAGCUAAAAAAAUCAUAAACCAUGCUCUUUCAUAUCUAAACUUAUCGAAAAGUGUAUUAACUCGAUUGUUUGCUUUAUAAAAGAGAAAUUGAGGACCGUAUUGUAUAUUUUCUGGAGGCUGGUCCUUGUUGCAUAUCGUAAGGAAAUAUUGUGACCUAUUAACACAUUUGUCGGAGGAAAAGAAGGACACGCACGAAUUACGAAACCUUCACAAUUUUUUUUUUCCUCUCCAAAAAACUCGAGGCCUUUUCCUUCAAGGACUAGGAUUCCCAGCCCCCAGUGCAAAACCCUAGCCGUUUCUUUUCCGCCAUCUCUGACUCCAUUGAUAAACAAUCCGGAGAGAAUCUGAUUUCUUUCAUAUUCCUCAGCCAUCAGACUGUUAAUACUUGCCGGAAAGUCAAGGGUUGCUUUGCUUCUUUUCUCUGUUCUUUUAUCUAUUUUUGUUCUUUUAUAGGACGGCGAUGAAUCCUCCCAGCAAUUUGGUUGAAUUUGCAAAAGAGCUCAUGCCCGCCGGGAUGAAAUUCUGCCCGACCGAUCAAGAGCUGAUAGCCCACUACCUCCACCGCAAGAUCACCGGCGGGCUGACCAUGUUCCAGACGGAGAUUGUGAAGGAGUGCGAUUUGUACGGGGAGGAGGAGCCGUGGCAGAUAUGGGAUAGGUUCAAGGCCGAGACGGUGGUGGAUAUGGAGCAGAACCUCUACUUCUUCACUCGGCUCAAGUCCAAGAGUACGAACGGGAAGAGGAUUCUCCGGCGGGUGGGGAAGAACGAAGGGACCUGGCACGGCGAGGAUGCCGGCUCGAAGAUCAAUUGCUGGUCCGAGGCCGAGGGCAAGAAUGUUUACCUCACAGGGUUCAAGAAGCGUUUCAAUUACAGGAACCUCAAGUCGGACCAGAACGGGCAGUGGAUUAUGCACGAGUUCAGUUUGAGCAACACCGAGUAUGUGAUCUGCCGGCUGAAGAAUAACAGGGCUGUUCCCGUUCCCUCCACGCCCUUGCUUCCGCUUCCUCCUGCUCCUCUGCAGCUUGAAGAUGUUCCCGAGAGGUCCAAUUCGCUGGGUGUUAGGAAUUUAGAUGUAAAUAGCUCUGUAGAAACUAAUCAGCUGCCCAAAGAUGAUGGGCGGAAGGAACAGAUUCUUGCGGAAAAGAGUGACCAAGCGACGGGGAGGGAUGGAAGUCAGCAGGCGAAGGAGAGUGAUCGAGAGGUGGAUGUUCAGAAGCAGGAGAAAGCUGCUGCUGCUGGUUCUGUGGCAAAAACCGGUAUGGAGAAUGGACAGGGUUAUGAAAAUCCAAAGAGAAUUGAUGGAGAAACGGAUGAGCAGAAGAAGGGAAAGGCUGCUCCUGCUCAGGCAAAGAAUGAUGGGGAAAAGAGUCCCCAAUGCAAGGGUGGUGAUGACUUUGAUAAGGCCAAGAAGAGUGACCACAGAGAACUAAAUGAGCAGAAGAAUAAGGAGAAAGCUGCUUCUGUUGAAGGGAAUGAGCGGAGUGAUGGUGGGAAGAAAGAGCAGAAGAAGAAGAAGAGGGUGGGUGGUAGACUGUUAAAGAAAGUGGACCAAGUAUCCGAGGCCUCGCCCAAGGCAGGGAAGCGACCAAGAGUAGAGGAAGAAGGUCCAGGGGAAGAUGAAGCCACUUGUUCUAGCAAAGAUAAGAAGGCACGAGGCCAGAUGGACUUGCUAAUGGAGGUUCUGGGGAUAGAAUUUUGAUUCUGGUCUUGGUUCCUUUUCUCCUUCAGCUGUACAAAUAGGUCUUAUCUCUUUGUUCAUUUCCCAGGAUUCAGAUUUGGUUUCUGUUUUCUUUUGCUCCAUUUGGUCAUUUCGUAGUGUCUAAAAUGCCUGCUCCUUUGCAAGUGCUAUGUUCGAGGGGUUGAAGCGAAAAUUUACUUGGUUCUUGGGUGAAAUGAGAUAAAUGUUUGAUUAUGGC